AUGAGUUUCGCGAAUUCUGAAUCGACUGCGACGACGUUGGCGGCAGUUCGCGCUGUGCUUGUCAAUCCCGCGAUCGCCGUGGCUGGCUCGGAGGACAUUCUGCGCGACGACGACUCAUCCGCAGCAACAACGGCAGCAACAGCAGGCGGCCCGCAGCAGCAGCAGCAGCAGCAGCAGCAGGACGGAGCAUUCGCUGCUGAGAGCGGCAAUUCGAGAGCCAUGCUGCGCGCUGCUCAAGGUCGCCUCGUUCCAGACCGAGAUCAAGAGGAACACGAAGACGAAAACGACUUGUACAACCAUGAGGAUCCAGCGGUGGCAGCCGCUGCGCCAGCCAUCGACCGGCAGCGCAGAGCCGUGGAAAACGCGUUGGCGUUGCUAAACACGUACUGCGAAGCAUUGCUUCAUGCUCAGCCGACAAGUGUUCGCCAGGCCCAGUUCGACGAUCUCCUGCGCAACCAUUUCCCUCUGUCACUGCUUUUGAACUACCUCAACCCGGGAAAUCCAGAGUCGGUGUGGGAGCUGACUGUGCAAGUGCUUAAAAAGGUUUUUGUUGGAUGGGCGCCAGAUGCGGAGACUGCAGCUUGGGUCAAGCCGUUUGUCAUUCAAGGUUUCCACCAUCCUUACGUCGGAGUCCGCACUCUGAGUAUUUUGCAGCUGUCCAGAAUUGCGCGCGUUCAUUCAAACUUUUUGGACGACGAGCUCAUCACCCUCACUAUGGGGCUUCUUGCCGAUCCUUUGCUGCCGGUUGCUCAGCAAGCAACUGCCAUGCUGCUUGAUGUAAAGUUUGGAGCCUCGCAAGCUGCCACGUUAUUUUGUUUUUCACUGUAA